GACAAAUAAAUAGUAUUUUUAUAAAAGGCAAAAACAUUUUUACAAAAGAUCAUACAAUUUAUUCUUUUAAAAACAUUUUAACAAAUAUGGACGUCAAUACAUAAAGAAUACUACAUAUGUACUCAGGAUAGGCAGGGAGGGCAGUAGAAAUAUAAUUGAAACAAUAUUUCAAAUACACAAUAAUUUAUCACAUAUUUUCAUUAUAAAAAAAAUGUACAAUGUUUUCAUUUCUUCAAUCGCUUCGCCAAGGACUUGGAAUCGAAUUUAUGAUGUUGACACAUUCAUUAUAACCUUCCAGAUCUGAAAUAAAUCGAAAAAAGUUAUUGUAAGUAGCCUCUUGGCCCUACAAAAUGAAACAUUUUAUUUCCAUAAAGAUUUCAAAUCUCUCUAAAAAAUUACAUGAUGCAAUAUAAAAUUUCUACUGUCAACAAAUAGAUGGACACAUAAGUAUAUCCGCUUUAGGAUAACAUACCUUCAUCACUGAAGCAAUUACAACAAUACGUUUUCCCGUAAAGUUUGGCAAGAAAGCGCCAUUUACGCGAGUGGCCGGCAGAACACCUUCAUCCAUAUCGAUGUUUUGCUUAUUUUCUUUCAAUUGAAGAUCAACAAUGGUCUAAAUCCUUUUACACAUAAGAUGCCUUCCCAAUUUCUUCAGUCAGAGAGUAUAGUCCAGUUGCUUUUGGCGGGCCGCUCCAUAUACUCUUUGGUCCACUCAAUCAACGCCCUCUGCAAGGCUCGUGCUGGAGUGUAAUCGUGACGUGAUGUAUGACCUUGGAUGUAGCCGAACCCCACUCUCAUUCGUAGGCUUCGUCGGGUGAUAUCCUAACACGCCGUCGCUGCCCGGUCAGAGCGCAGUUUGGAGCAGUUCGCAGCCGGUCAGUGCGUGGCGGUGUGAAGUUAAACGGCUACAUCCAGCUCCUUCGGUAUAAAACUGUUUCGACAUUUAGUGAGGAGUAUCGUGCAUCCAGGAGGAAUCUUGCAGAAGACACUACAUAGCACCAUGAGUGAACAAGCAGACAUUGCUCUUAUUGGUUUGGCAGUGAUGGGGCAGAAUUUAAUUCUGAAUAUGAAUGAUCAUGGAUUUGUUGUCUGUGCCUACAAUCGUACCACAGAAAAAGUGGAUCAAUUUCUUGCCAAUGAAGCAAAAGGCACAAAGGUUAUUGGAGCACACAGUUUAGAAGAUAUGGUUGCAAAACUUAAGAAACCAAGGAGAGUGAUGAUGUUGGUAAAAGCUGGACAGGCUGUUGAUGACUUCAUUGUUAAGUUAGUGCCUCUGUUAGAGAAAGGUGACAUAAUCAUCGAUGGUGGAAAUUCAGAGUACCAAGAUAGUCAACGUCGUUGUAAACAGUGAAAGAGAAGGGCCAUUCGUUUGUUGGAUCAGGUGUAUCUGGUGGUGAAGAUGGUGCACGAUAUGGGCCUUCACUUAUGCCAGGAGGCAACCCUGAGGCUUGGCCUAGUUAUAAGAGUAUUUUUUCAGUCGAUUUCUGCAAAGGCAAAUGGUGAGCCAUGCUGCGACUGGGUAGGAGAAGAUGGAGCUGGACACUUUGUGAAAAUGGUUCACAAUGGAAUAGAAUAUGAAUGGAACAAGGGAGAACUAGAUUCAUUCUUAAUCGAAAUUACCAAAGAUAUUAUGAAGUUUAAGGAUAGUGAUGGAUCCUAUCUGCUGGAGAAAAUUCGUGAUUCUGCUGGGCAGAAAGGAACAGGAAAAUGGACAGCAAUAUCAGCUCUUGAGUAUGGUAUUCCUGUUACUCUCAUAGGUGAAGCCGUAUUUGCUCGUUGCCUUUCGUCUUUGAAAGAUGAACGUCGCCAAGCAAGCUCUGUUCUCAAAGGCCCUACUAACACAACUUACAAAGGAGACAAGAAGGAAUUUCUUGAGCACAUUCGACAGGCACUCUACGCUUCAAAAAUCAUUUCAUAUGCACAAGGUUUCAUGUUACUCAGAGAAGCAGCUAAAGUCCAUGGAUGGAACCUAAACUAUGGAGCCAUUGCUCUAAUGUGGAGAGGUGGAUGCAUUAUUAGAAGUGUUUUCCUGGGAAACAUUAAGACAGCAUUUGAACGCAAGCCCGAUCUCCCAAAUCUGCUCCUGGAUAGCUUCUUUGCCAAUGCUGUCCAGAGGUGUCAAAAUUCAUGGCGUACAGUUGUAGCAUCAGCAGCUCAGUUGGGUAUUCCAACUCCAACCUUCAGCACAGCUCUUUCUUUCUAUGAUGGAUAUCGUUCUGACUGGUUACCAGCAAAUCUUCUUCAAGCACAGCGAGACUAUUUUGGAGCCCACACCUACGAGCUUCUCAACAAUCCUGGAGUAUUCAAGCACACCAAUUGGACUGGUCAUGGAGGAAAUGUAUCUGCAAGCACUUAUCAAGCUUAAGUUGGACCCAAAUGUUUGAUAUUGUUUGAAUUGCCAACAUCCAGGGAGAGGAUCAUAAGCAUUUUCUCAAAAAGCUGAGAAAGUUGAGCUACUUAGUGCAUUGCUUUGGUGAAGGGAUAGUUUUCAUUCCAUGGUAAAGCUCUCUGAAGGUUGCCAACAUUUUUGACCAAGAGACAGUGAAGUGUUUGAAGUUACAAUAUACAAUAGAUCACACAUCUUUUAAUUGUAUAUUUUUAUACUUUUGUAAAUUGUAUUUAUUUUGGUACAUGUAUGAUGUAAUAUUAAGAUUAAACAACUAAAAACUUAUUUGUUUUUAUACUGAAGAAAAAGAUUCCUGGUAGAUUCAAAAUGAGAGUACAAAGCACAUUACAAAAUUCAUAUUGCAAUGAGCUGCAAAUAUUACAUGCAAUAAUACAAUAUAACACUGCAAAUAAUAUAUGCAUAUUUUUUGAGUGCUUAUUACCACAGUUUUAAUUUCCUGUAAAGCAAAAACAAUUUUUUUUCUUCAAAAUAUCACUAGAAUUGCACUUUCAUAUUUCCUAUGCUCCUGCAUGUCAUUUUAAUGAUUAUAAGUAGGGAGAGGAUUUUUAUGCUGUAAAAAAUGUUGAAAGAUUUUAAAAAUAUGCAUUUAGGGCCAAGGAAUUCUGAAAUCUGCACAUUAAUAUGUAUUAAAAUUAACAAUAUUUAAUUUUGUGUAGAAACCUUUAUUAAUAACAUUUCAGGAGAAGCACAAUUUAAAAAUUAAGACGAUGUCUUGUUGCAUUUUUUCCUUCCUAGUUUAAAAAAUCAAUAAACAUCCUACAUUGGCACAAAUAUUUUAUGUAAUUGGAGGGGAG